AUGCCCCGUGGGAAGAGGGACCCCGUCCUGCUGUCCCCCGCCGAGCUGCCUGGCACCGACAGCGAGGGUCCCCGCAGCGGUGGGGACGGCCGGCGGUCUGCGUCGGAGGAGGAGGGCCACCUCCCCGGGCUCCCCCGCGACGACCUCGCCAAGAGCAUGUCGGGCUCCUCCGUCUCCUCCUACCACUCUGCCCUGUGCUCGGAGGGGACGGAGACCUUCAAGGACUGCCUGGAGUUUCUGGACGAGGAAGGGACACCCCCCCAGGACGCGGGGCGGCGGGACAACCGUGCCGAAGGGGCUGCCCCGGGGCGCUGGGCUCCGGCGGGGGCCCCUGGCGUCCCCCCGCCGCCCGGCCCCCUCACCCGCCCGCGGCAGGCUCAGCUGUCCACGGCGGCUAAGAAUAGCCCGGCGCCGGGGCAGGGGGGCAGGAUGGGUCCCCUCGGCAGGGACCGGCCGCCUGCCACCGCUGCCACUGCCACCGGCGGGGAGCUGGCUCUGCCCCGGCAGCCCGGGGGGAUGCUCGUUGGGGCGCCCAGCGAUUCGGACGAGGCGGAUGGCGAGGUGCGGGCGCUGACGGCCAGGGCUUUCCGCAGCCUCUCCGGUCCCCCCGGCGCCCGCCUCGACAUGUGCAGCUCCCACACCUCCUCCAGCCUCUCCAACUCUCUCUCGGAGGACGGCGGGCGGCCGCGGCGGUGGCCGGUGGCCGGUGGCGAGUCCCGGGGCACAGUGACAGCCCUCCAUGGCAGGGUGGGCUGGCCCUUCCCCACCGGCGUGGAUGGAGAGCUGCUGGGCUUGCUGGGAAAGGAGCAGUUUGAGUGCGUGGAUGUGGAGCUGGAGAGCGGCGAGGCCAGGAAGGGCCACAGCAAGAAGAGGACCGUCCCCAAGCGCCAGAUCCUGCUGAAGAGGAAGGAGAGGAAGGAGACGGGUUUUGGCCCCUGGGGUGAGAGCCCACCCCCCCAGCCCCUGCCCCCCACCAGGAAGGAGCCCCCCAGGGCCAUCGGGGACGACUUCAGGCUCAACUACAAGCAGUUCAUGAAGACGGCCUCCCUGGAUGCUGAUGCCAGCAAGACCAGGGCGGCCUCUUGCCUGGUGAAAAACGUCCUCGCCAAGAAAAUGCAGUACGAGCAGAGGAUCAAGAUGGAGCAGAAGGGGCUGCGGGGCAGCUCGACCUCCUCCGGGCCAUCUUCUGCUGGCACCGACCUGCUGGGGGAUGGCCUGGAGGGCAAGUCCAGCUCGCUGUCCCGCUCGGACUGCAGCUUCUCAGCCGAGGACCUGCGGGGUGGCGGGAUGCCGGUGGCCGUGGGGGACACCACUGCCACCCGUCCCACCAAGGGAGUGGUGCUGAGCGAGGCGACGAGGGAGAACGUCUGCAAGCUGAAGACGACCUUCAACGAACUCAACGAGAGGAUGAAGUACCAGGAGGUGCUGCAGGGCCACCGGCUGCCCAGUGCCACCGAGGAACCGUCGACCGAGAGGAUCCGCUACCGGCGAGCACGUGCCUUGUUUGAAGCCCAGCCAGAGGUGGGGAAGACGCUGGAUGUUGCCCCCAGAUUUGAGAGAGGGCCGAGGCCGUGGCCCAGCUUGAGGCAGCGAGCCAUCUGCCCCGGCCACCCCCAAACCCUCCCCUUUGAGGCCGACCACCCGGCGCUCCCCGCCCCGCCGCCACGCCGCCUCUUCACCUCCCAGGCGCAGGACGUGAGGCUGGUGCCGCAGACCCGGCAGGAGGAGAAGCCCCCGGCGCCGCCCCGCCAGCCACCCAACACCAGCACCCCAGCACGGAGGUCCCCCCCGGCCAUCCCCCCCAAGCCGGAGGAUAAGGGGAAGGGGCGCAUCCCCCAGCCCCGGGACGUGCGCAAGUUGGUGAAGAGCAGCUACAGCCUCUGCUUUGGAACUGCCGGCGCGUCCCACGGCACCACAGCACUGGCCAGCGGCGGGGAGCCACCGGCAGCCACCCCCCUCGUCAUCCACUGCACCUCGGUCCGCCGACGGGACGCGGCCACCGAGCCCGGGGACGGGGAAGCGCUGGCAGCCACCAGCCGAGAGCCAGAGCCGGCACACGCCGAGGGUGCCGCAAAGCUUGCCAGCGGCCAGCCCUCACCUGCCCGGGGCUCCCCUGUCCACAUCACCAGGGUCCAGGCCACGCGGAGGGAGGUGGCCACAGCGGAGGAGCCACCGGCAUCCCCCCCGCGCCGGGAACGGAGUGAGCUCAGGGUGCCCCCACGGGCGCCCACGGCCGAGGGGGUGCCGCACGUGGAGACCCAUCUCCAUGUCCUGGUGGGCCGGCGGUCCCCGGCGGCAGGCGGGGAGGGGUAUCCGGCCCAGAGCAGCACCGUGCUGCGGACAGAGAAAACCGUUCUCCUCCCACCACCACCUCCAAGUCCCACGGAGGGAAGGGACGGACGUGGCCAGGUUGGCACCAGAGGGCUCUGUGCCACCGAGGGGCCUGAGUCAGCAGUGCAGCAGCAGGGUGGCCGUGAGGGUGGGGACCCCCGAGCCGGACCCCUGGCCAGCAGCAGCGUGCGCCCACAGCCUGGGAAAGCGGUGGAGAGAAGCGCACCAAAGCCCCCCACAAGCGAGCAGGGGUCGGCAGGGAGCAGCAGCUCCGCGGGCAGCACCGGCCCCACCGCCCCGUUGCGAGCCGGGGAGGGCGGCGAAAGUGCCUCUGGGCGGUUGCCGGAGCAGAGGGAGGCCUGGGAGUAUUUGCCGAAGUGGCCGGCAGCCGCUGAGCCGUACCUUCCUGCUUCCCCAGCGGAGAACUCCAACUACUUAGCAAUUCCUGUGAAAGCCCCCAAAUCCUCUCCAAUGCCAAAGCCGCCCUCGGUCCCCAACCCGGCCACUGGGUCAUUUGGGACCCCCGUGGUCCCCAACCCGGCCAGCGCAUCUUUUGGAACCCCCAUGGUCCCCAACCCGGCCAGCUCAUCCUUUGGGACCCCCUUGGUCCCCAACUUGGCCAGCACAUCUUUUGGGACCCCCUCAGGCCCCAAGCCAGCCAGUGCCUCUUUUGGGACCCCCACAGUCCCCAACCCAGCCAGCGGGUCCUUUGGGACCCCCUCUGUCCCCAAGCCAGCCAGUGCUUCCUUUGGGACCCCCCCAGUCCCCAACAUGACCAACUCAUCUUUUGGCUACCCAUCAGCCUCCAGCCUGGCCAGCACAUCAUUUGGGGCUCCCUUGGUCUCCAAUCCCACCAACAAGAUGCUCGUGGACCCCGACAGCGGGAAAUGCUACUACAUGGAGCCGCCGCGGCAGCCCCAGCUGAAAACGCUCUACGACCCUGAGACGGGGCAGUACCUGGAGGUGCUCGUCCCCCCGGUGGCAUCACACGCCGGGCUCUACCAGGCUCCUUUCAACCCCCUGCUCGUGGCCCCGGGGGUCUACGCUCCACCCUACGUGCCCUACGGGGGCUUCCCGGGGCUCCCAGCGGCCCCGCCACCCGCAGCCCCCUCCCCGGCACACCCCGACCUGCCGGCUGCCGAAACCCCCGGCUUCUCCGGGACCUUCAGCCCUGCUCCCAAGGGCGAGGGGCCGCCCGCUGCCGGGGGUCCUGACUGCGGGUACCUGGAGAGCCUCUACUACAUCCCCACGGGGAUGCGGGCCAGCCCCGGCCCCGGGCAGCCCCCCGCCCACGCCAGCCCUGCCGGGCCAGAGAAGGACCCCCCCCUCCGGAUGUGA